AUGGCGGUGUCCGCGCCGCCCGUCAUCGCCGCAACUUCCAGCGGCGGCGGCGCGGGGGGCUCGGCGGGCUUGUUCCGGGCGGACCCGCUGUACUCCAGCCCCGCGGAGUCCCCGCGCCUCACCAACAGCCUCGUCAACACUUUCCUCUCGGCCGGCGGCGGCGGGGCCGGCGCGGGCGGCGGCGGCGGCGGCAACGAGUGUAAGAUGGUCGACCUGCACGGGGUGAAGGUGGCCUCGUUCCUCGUGGAGGGGCAGGAGCUGAUCUGCCUGCCGCAGGUCUUUGAUCUCUUCCUCAAGCACCUGGUGGGAGGGCUGCACACGGUCUACACCAAGCUGAAGCGGCUGGAUAUAUCGCCCGUGGUGUGCACGGUGGAGCAGGUCCGCAUCCUGCGCGGGCUGGGGGCCAUCCAGCCCGGCGUCAAUCGCUGCAAGCUCAUCACCAGGAAGGACUUCGAAACUUUGUACAACGACUGCACCAACGCGAGCUCCCGCCCAGGACGACCCCCCAAGCGCUCCCUGGGAGUGGCGAUCCAGGAAAAUGCACGGCUGCUGCCCCACGGAGUUCCAGGCCUCUUAUCACCAGGGCUUAUCUCUCCAACAGGUCUGACAGCAGCUGCCAUGGCAGAGGCUAUGAAGUUACAGAAAAUGAAACUUAUGGCCAUGAACAGCCUUCAUGGAAGUGGGAGUCAAAAUGGAACAGAGUCAGAAAAUGAAGAGCUCAAUUCUAAUGCAGGUGGGAGCGAAUCCUCCUGGGACAAAGACAAGCUGCAGUCUCCCAUCACGACGGGAUCCCAGCACAGCCUUGGUCACCCCACGCUGUCGGGGCAGUCGAGCCUUGGGAGCGCACACCCGCUCAGCCCUCUGCAGCAGAACCACCUGCUCACCAACAGGAUAGACCUGCCCUUCAUGAUGAUGCCGCACCCCCUGCUCCCCGUCAGCCUCCCCCCAGCCUCGGUGGCCAUGGCCAUGAACCAGAUGAACCAUCUCAACACCAUUGCCAACAUGGCAGCAGCAGCACAGAUGCACAGCCCCCUGUCCAGGGCAGGGGCCUCCGUCAUCAAGGAGAGGAUCCAGGACAGCCCUUCCCCGGCGCCGUCCCUGGAGGACAGCCAGCGGCCGGGCAGCCACGCGUCCUCCCACCCCAGCAGCAGCGUGUCCAGCUCCCCGUCCCAGCUGGACGCCACUCCCGACAGGAUCGCCAUGCUGACCAACAGCAGGGAAGGAGAACUCAUUGACCAAGAAACUGGGACCAGCCUAAAAAAAAUACAGAAGGAGAAAGAAGAGGUCCAAAUUGCCAUUCCAAUAAUGAAACCAACCUUAGAUAAAGUCCAACUGGCUGGACAGGCCUUGCCUCCUGGAUUUCCGGCGCCAUUUCUUUUUGCUGAUGGUCUUUCAUCAGUAGAAACACUAUUAACCAACAUUCAGGGCCUGCUGAAAGUGGCUGUGGACAAUGCAAGAGUCCAAGAAAAGCAGAUACAGCAGGAAAAGAAAGAGUUAAAGAUGGAGCUUUGUAGAGAGCGAGAACUAAGAGAGAGUUUGGAAAGGCAACUCACAGCUGAGCUGCAAAGCAGAGCCACAAUUCAAAAACGCUUGAAGAAAGAGAAGAAGGCAAAGAGAAAAUUGCAGGAAGCUUUGGAAUUUGAAUCCAAGAGAAGAGAACAAGUGGAACAGGCUCUUAAACAGGCCACAUCAGGUGACGGUCUCAGGAUGUUAAAUGAUGCUGGAAUCCCAGAUAUGGAAAUAGAACACAACGGAACCCAGCAUGACAGUGCAGCGAUGCAAGAAAACAGAACAUACAUCAAACCGACCAUUAUGUACUGA